GUCAAAGUAGAUAAAAGUUGGGACAGACGACAGAAGUUCCAGUUUUGUUCCUGUCCCCUUCCAGUUUGAUGUCACUGUUACUGAGAAGAGAAUUGUCGAGCUAAAGAAAAUGGCGAUGGAAUUCUUAAAAUCUCGCCUUCGUGCGAUAGUCUAUGCACCUGGGACAACCCCGAUCGACUGGAGGCUCUUUUCUAUUCUUUUCCUUUCAAUGGUGCGUAGGUUUAUUUCACGAUCUUUCAAUUUUUUUUCUCUAGUAUAGUUUGACUCUCCUCUCAAAAAUAGUGUUAGUCUAAUAGUAUGACUAAAAUCGUUUUUUGCGUAAAAAAAGUCUCCAAGAAAUCCGUUCAGCAUCGCGAUCGCACAGAUAUUUGGCUAUUGUGCGUGAAGUGAUAGUUUCUCGUGGAUAAAGAAGAUAUAGCAACACAGUACCUACACAGAGGGCACAGCUUAAAGGGGACUUUAAAAUAAUGAACGCUUAUUGUCUGCGAUUCAAACUAAACCGUGCAUUAACGGGUUUGUAAAAUGUUGUGAGCGCCUGUGUUACCCAAAGUAAAGUCUUCUGAAAGCUGCCAUUUUGGUUUAGGCGCGAAUGAGAAGUCAAAGGGGGUGGGGAGAAGGUGGGGAAGGUAACAUACUGCUGGGCUUAAUUCUUUAGGACAUUAGAGAUUAUCUUGGCUCGCCCAUUUUUUUUAGAGUUGCUCCUUUGCUUUACAAAAUAAUCUCCUUCCUUAUUACCGUAUUUUGUACAUCGUUGGGAUUGGACUUGUAAAUUGAGGAUUUGUGGAUCACGGACUUGUAAAAUGCCAUAUUACCCCUUUUCUGUGUACAGUUAUGGCUACCCUAGCCUGCUAGCGUAGACAACUUUUUGACUCUUGUUUCUUGGCGGGUAAAUAAAACCCAAAAAAGUUGUCUGCUCUCGCAGGCUAUGGCUGCCCAGUUUCCAGCCAAAUAUGUCAUAGGUUACAGAGCAUUAGCUGGGGAAUUCUGCGUAGAAAGCGGAGAAUUCUCCAAUCUCUGAUGCCUAAUGAAGACCCUGAAAUCGUGAUUUAUCUAUUUAUUUAUUAUUUAGAAGGGUUUUUGGUUAAAGCCAUCAUACUCUUACCUUGCUAGCAGAGAUUUCUUUCUGACAUUGUUUCAUUCAUGUCCCUGAUAUUUGCAUGGCUGGCUUAGAGCCAACUACUCAAAUGUAAGUGAUGUAAAUGACUUCACAAAUGCUAAAAACCAUGCUGAAAACAUAUCUCUGCUUGCAGGGUAUCCCACUACUCCCAUAUUGAUGGAAAAUUUGGCAUUAUACAACCUUGACCUACCCGAUGCUUUUAGAGUACCUCUAAAGGCUACCAUAUUGUACAGUUCUGUAUAGCUCCUAUAUUAUAUGAUACAUACAUUUACAAACAGCACUGCAUGAUCUUCCCCUGCAUUGACCUUGUCUUGCUAGUUGGUACCUGUAUUAAGAUAAAAAAAAAAACAAAACCCAUUGCAUCGUAUUGUUUAUUGUGUGUUUUUUGAUGAUUACAAUUUUAUUUGCAUUAUUUCCUUUGUAGUUGUGCCUUUCACUCUCCAUCACAAUACUAUUUCCAUUUCUCCCUGCUAUGGUGAAGGUAAGUAAUGUCCUUUUUCACUGUCUAAACUAAUACAUAUUUUAUAAUGCCUGGCACAAACUAGUCUAGUUGUUGCAGCUGUACAAAACCCUUUAUAUAUACUCAUUGUAAGAUGCAUGUCUGUUGAAUCAGUGGGGUACCCAACCAAAAUACAUGUAAAAAAACAAGUCAAGAAUCUGUUAUCCUUCUAGACUAUUAUUAUGUUUUCUUGAACCAGGAUAUAGUUGGUGGAAAAAUAAUGUUGAGGCACUGUCAUCACAUGAGUUACAUGUGUAUUUCAGAAAAAAAAGAAGAAUCUGGCCACUCUCUCCCCUCCAACCACAUAAUUUACACCCAUCCACAAGAAAACUACCAUAAAAUCAUCCUCAAAUAAAACUGAUGCAACUAGGUGGCUAACGUGCAAAUAAAGUCAAAGACAACAGUACUACUUCUUUUGCAUUAAUCUAUAUCAACUUUAGGAACAAUACAUUGAUUUUCAUUCACUGAUUUUUUUGUCAGAGUUUUGGGAUAUCUGAUGAAGAGGCAGGUUAGCGUUAAAGAACAUUAUCAUUAAAUGCAAUAUUUAGCAAUGUAUAAAUUUGUAAGUGCAAUAUUGAAACAUUGAAAUAUAUGUAGCAAGAGUUUCAGCCAAAACUGCUGGAGGAACAUUUGCAAUUAAAAUGUUGAGUAACAAUUUGGAGCAUUUACAGUGCUUCUAAAACUAAAGAGUACCUGUUAAAAGAAUAUCAUGAUUGGUAAUUGGCUUUGUUUUAAGAAUGAAGCAAACAUGGAAAUUACAUGGCCUGAAAACUCAUAUAGGUGGUGUGUUCUACCCCAAAGCAAUUCAGUUAUGGGAUUCCAAAGUUUGCAAAAAAAAAUUACCACCCAGCGUGCAAAGAAAGUCGUGUCCGAUAGCCUUGGGCUAGUGGAUUUUGCUAUCAGGCUAGUGAUUUUUGUUCCUAACUUGCGCGACGGGCAAGUGCUGUUUUUUGGGGAAAUCCAAAUUACAGAAGGAUUGUAAUCAAUCCUGCUAAUCAAAAAGGGUUUUGGGGCUAGUUGAAAUGACUUGUGGGCUAGUACAUGCUAGCUACAGCGUGCCCGAAUGGCAGGCUGUAAAACUGACUUUCUUUGCACCCUGCCACCACUAAAAUCGUAUUAUUUCAUAUUAUUGCCAAAUGAUAUUGGUAGUUCAAUACAAAAUUUUGUAGCCAUCAUGUUAAACCAAAAAAGUUACAAGGAAAUGUUUCUCAUAGCUCAAUGUGCAGUCAGUAUCAAUGAUGGAGCCACCUUUAAUAACUUUCUCUUAUUUAUCACCAGGUUACUAUGCAGGUCUUGUGGCAUCCUCCAUGUUUAUUGGGCGUGUUGCAACUUGGUUUGUAAAAUUCUUUGUACAAAUACCACUGACUGUAUUUAAAGGUGACAAUAUCACAAAAACAAACAAACAUUUUUGAGUGUCAGACAUUAUUGAAGAGAUUUGGAUUUUUCAAACUUUGCAUCUAAACUGUCAAACAAGCUCGAGUUCACUCUGACAUUCUUUUACAUUGAAUUUUCUUGCUUAUCUCUCAAACAAAAGAUAGAAAUAUUAUUAGGUGGUGAGUAGUCCCAAAGUUUGGAUUUUUUAUGAACACAACCUUUCCCAAAUAAUAAAUAUUACUGCAAUUUGAUUUUCAAAAGCAAAGUUUCAUCCGCCUCCACUACAGGAAUAUGCAGUUAAAUUUGUUUCAUUUCAUAUAUUUUCAAAAAGCUUAAUAUUUCAGACACUAAUUUUUACCUCCCUCUAUGCCAAUUUUAGCUACUUUUGGGGAUGGCUCGCAGACAAAAUUGGUAGACGACCUGUGCUGUUACUUUCUCUUGCAUUACUCACUGCAAGUAUGGUUGCCUUUGGAUUGUCGACCUCACUAUAUAUGGCCAUCUUCACAAGGUUUUUUGCAGGGAUAUCCAAUGGUAUUUAUUUAAAAAAUUAUAAUAAAUUUGUCUAAAAUGUUUGCACAUGUAUACUAGUGAAAAGACCACAGUGAAGACUACAGUAAAAUGUAUAUUGUCACAAUUUCCUGGCUUUUAAUUUUCAUGUUAGAAGCAGCAUUUGUGGUUCAAAUAUAUUCUCUUGAGACAAGAGUCUCAUCUCUCAAAGAAUCGGUGGAGCAGCAUUUUGGAAUGAAUGGCAAGCAAAGAAAUUCGACCCAAUUUGCAAAAUGGCCAACAAGCUAAGAACUCUGUGAUUGCCAAGUCUAUAAUGGCCUGCUAGUUUCACUAUAAAACAAUGGAAAGGUGCAAUAAAUGGAAAAAUUCCUUUGGUGCUUGGCCAUCUUAAAAAAUAUGACCUCGCAGGCCACACUUGGUCAUCAUUUUUGAGGAGGCCUCUGAGCUCAGGGGUUAUCCUACAAACGUGACAUUUGUGUAAAAAUAAUAUGUAUUGUAUUUAUGCAAGCAUGGAAUUUAAGAGUAGUGCUAUCCAAAUAUUUUGACAAACUAUAAACAAAAAAUAAGAUUGCAUGAGACUAGACAAAAGACAUCACUAUUAUUCUAUAAUACAAAAUAUAAUUUCCUCAAUAUGCAAUAUAUUAGUCAACUUGCUGUGGAGAGCUCAUCUGCACUAAAUGAAUGUGUGGUUUUUUUUUUUUGAGAAAUGUAUAAAAUCAUGCAUUUUGGCCUUAAGCAUUCUGUGUUUAAUAUUAAAACAAUCACAAACAGAAAUAAAGAUCACUUCCAAGAAUAGCCUGGUUAGAUUAACAAAUGUAUCAGAUCACAUUUUUGAUGUGUCAUUGUCUACCCAUGAUUUAUUUUCUUAGAAAUCAAGAUUUCCCAACAUUUUGUUAAUAUUAAAAAACAGCAACAACAUAAUGAUUCCUUCGUUGAUCUGUGUUGAUAUUAAAUGCAUGGCGUUUAUGCAAGUUCUACUUGAAACUUGAUAUUCUAACACAUUCUUAUGAUAAAAAUGGUACUCUUUGUUCAAGGUUUAAUUGGAACAGUUAAAGCAAUUGCUUCAGAAGUUUGCGAUAACACUAACCAGGUAGAUUCCGACAAAUUUUCCAAAUCUUGAACCUAUUUCAAACCAAGACAUGCCAUUUUCCACACCCAUGUUCAGACUGGUACUCAGUUUGCCAACCCAUUAUCUUGUCCAUUUAGUAUUAGUCAACGUACUUUUCAAGCUGUUUUUUUUAUAGUAGUAUUUGAACUGAAUGUUCUUAUUCAUUCAGAGGUGAAAAGUCAAAUAAGUUUAUGUGCCCUCAUGGUUUCCUUGAAAACCAUACUUUCUUGAAUUCAGAAUCUACAUAAUUAGGGGUGGAGAAUGGUAAAAUCCGAGACUCGCCGAGACGCCGAGACCCUAGUUAGAAAUCCGAGCCCAAGACUCUUUGGUAAAAAGUUUUGAGACUCAAAAAUUAAAAACAAACCAUGCAAAAACGAGACUUCGAGACUUAUCAAAAACGCUUCCGAGAUUUCGAGAUCCUGUUAAAAUUUUCCGAGACCCACGUGUUUCGAGGUACCAUUCGCCACCCCUAUAAUUAUACCCCUUUUCAGACCAAAACUGCUCAAAAUCCAUGAGUGGCACAUACCUAUAACGCAUAUAGGGGAGUGUUUCCGCCCUACUGGGGUAAAGUGCAACACAUAUUAGAAGAACAUUUUUUUUUUUUCAUUUAUGCAUAUUUUACUAAAAAAAAGAGAGAAAAGAUAAGAGAGCCUCAGGAUGAGAAGGUAGAAGAUCAGACUUAAUGUGUUCAGGACGCAGGGGGAUGAGUUUUAACUAAGGAAGCAUUCCAUGGAUCGAAAAAGGCAAAAACAUUUUUUACUGCAACACAGUAUUGACAUAGACAACUUUUGUCUUAAUUUUGAAAGUCAAAAAGGCUGAGAAAGUUAUGCUGUUUUUCAUUCUUUCAGGCAAUAGGGAUAUCAGUGGUAAUUACAGCUUGGAAUAUGGGUCUUAUUGUUGGCCCAGCUGUAGGAGGUUAGUAUGAUGAUUAUAUACCGUAUAAGUAAGCCGAGAAGACAAAUAAUAAGCCUGUGAGCAGUCUAUUGUUUUACCUCUUUCACCCAGUUAAAGGGUAAAGGAAAACACUCAUAUAUCAUUAAUUUGCAUUGCAUUUUUCAAUAAUUCAUUACAGGAUAUCUGGCAGAACCAGCAGAGAAGUACCCAAAUGUGUUUCCUAAAGGUACAAUUUUCUAUGGACACAAUAAUUUGGUUAAAAAAUUUUGUACAAAAGUAUACAUGUAUUUGUGACAAUAAUUCAAAUUCGUCAUGAAUAAAAAGCCAAUAUUUUUCAGCCUCUCAUCUGUUCUGCUGCAUUCAUUCUGGCAGAUUUAGUUGUGCUGAUAUCUAUUUGAGAUAAGAAGACACUAAUUUUCUAUUUAUGGGAAAUAGGCAGAAAUAAAACUGUAACAUAAUUAUGGAGAAAAGAGCUUUUACUGCUGCUUGUUCUAGACCAUGAAAUGACCUUUCCACAAAUUAAUAUUAUUUCAUGACCUAUAGCACAUGCCUAGUUUCCUUAAUGCUUUGUAAAUAAUCAUUUUUCAUCUCAUUUUUGCCCUGACAUUAAUUUAUUAAUCUUGCUUCUUUUAAUACAUAUGUAGGUUCCUUUUUUGAUCAAUUUGCCUUCUUCCUGCCCUGUCUGUUCAACUGUGUGUUCCUACUUAUUACAUUUUCGUUGGGUUAUUUCUACUUACAAGAGACUCUUGUCAAAAGGUAAAUAGUAACUAUAUUGACAAUACUGAAAGGAAAUGGGGCAGUGUAAAAUGCAGACUGUGGACUGACUACAGACUAUUGUUUUUAGGGUUAGAAAAUAAUGGGACUAUUGUUGUCACGCACUCAUUUGCAUGGUGAAAACAAUAGUCCGCAGUCUGCGUUUUACACUGGCCGGAAAGGAAAUACUUGAAAUGACACUGUCACUGAUUCUGCCUGCUAUUUUGCCUUAAUUCCAAAAGAAUUUAAUAUCAAAGAGUGUAGAUACUCUUUUUAAAUUGGGAUAAUACAGGGUAUCACUUAUUUUAAUAAAUGAGAAAAAGAAUUUCCUCCUUAGUUGCAGCCAAAAUUACAAAUGAAGGAGAGAGGUGAAAUCAGACAUCAGCACAUAGUCAAUAGAUUGAGUUAACUAUCUCUCAAAAGACGAACACCUCCCAAAACAGACUUUGAAGAAUUGGUUCCUGUUGUUCUUCAGUCAUUUUCAUUUUCUUAGUGGACAUCAGUCUUAAAAACGGACAUUCAGUAGUGCCCCCAAAUGGUGUCUGCCUAAGGGAGAGUUGACUGCAUAGGUAAUUGCUAUGGUUUGGGGCAACUUUAGUUCAUCUCUAAUCUCAACCCACCCACCUGGCCAAACCAAUGACAGUGUCAAUCGGAUAUGCCAAGGAAGUAAAUUGUGACUGGAGUAGGGUGAUCUCAAUUUCUAGGUGUUUUUACUGAAAAUAGUUAGUGGCAUUUUACUACCAAACAAAACAACAAAGUAACUUAACUCUUGAUUUGUUUUUUCAAUGCAGAGACACUACAACAGUUGCAAGCGAACCAGGUGAAUUACCCAUGCAAAGCACAGUUUCCUUAGAGGGUCAAGAUGAUUCCAAUGAGCAAAGAUUACUGGAGGACUCUGAGAAAUAUAGUACACAAGUAACCAGUUCACAAGAAAACAGAGAAGUUGAGAUAUUUAUGAGUGAUGCCAGCAAUAGUGAAAGAGAAAAAGGAGAAAGUUGCUUAAGUGGUUGCCAGCAUUACAGAUGCUGUAGAAUUUUCCAUAACAGCAAUCUUGGAAUUUUGCUCAGGUAAGGUACAUUGUAACUUCUGGAAAAUUAUGCACAAACCUAUAUAAAUGGGAUGAUGUUUCUGUUGUAAAGGACAAACCCAAUUGCACAAUCCUGAAACUUUAAAAAUUAUUAUGAAACAAGACCACCAUAGUCCUUCUAACUAUCCAAGUAAAUGUGUUUCUAUUUCAUGGGGCAAUCU